AUGCCGACUUCGUCCAUAAUUCAAGGUAAUUUUUGCGAUGAAACGUUAUUAUGCUCUGCUCCAGUAAAACUCACAUUACGUCAGCAAACGCAAAGUAAUGCGACAAUUUAUAUCUACGCUCUCGUUCACCAGUUGGCAAAUUUCCGCUUUCAGUACAAUUUGAAAAAGAUCAACACUGGGAAUUGCACCACCCUUGAUUGGGUGCGACCAGUCACCGAGCUAACCAUAAUUGCACCCGUGACAGUUGGCCCCGUGGCAGUCGGUCACACUUGUCGGGAUCCAAUUGUCGGUCACCCGAUUAAACGCCCACCAAUUGCGUCAUUCUAUUAA